UGCGAAACGUCGUCACCUACUACAAACCAUGGCGGAAGCUAAGGACGGCAGCGACAACGAGCUCGAGCAACUGCAGUUCAAAGUCAUCAUCUUGGGCGACGGCGCUGUUGGGAAGACGUCCAUAGCGAUGCGGCACACGGAGGAUUCGUUCUCAAACGUUUACAAGCAAACGAUUGGGUUGGAUUUCUACCUCAAGCGCCUUUCACUGCCAGGCGACGUCCAAGUGGCGCUGCAGAUUUGGGACAUUGGCGGGCAGUCGAUAGGCGGCAAGAUGCUCAAAAACUACAUCUUUGGGGCGCAUGCCGUGCUGCUCGUGUACGACAUUACAAACUACGACAGCUUUCAGAACCUAGAGGACUGGCUUCGACUUGUCCAGCGAACGUUUGGCGAGUCUAAGCUUCCAUACAUUGGCUUGUGCGGGAACAAGUGUAAGUUGAUCGUUCUCCUCUAUUGUUGUCUCUACCCUAUCUCAAACGACAUGUCGUGCCAAGGCGACUUGAAUCACCUUCGCACGGUGAAAGCUGCCAAACACAAGCAAUUUGCCGACGAAAACGACAUGAAGAGCUACAUGUUGUCUGCCAAGACUGGAGAUCAAGUGAACUCGACGUUCUUCCAGCUGGCAGCCGAUUUGGCUGGUGUGAUCGUCACGCGGCCUGAAGUCGAAGUGACGUCGCCUGCAGUCAAGGCGACGAUCAUCAACCAUGACCAGAACGACCCAGACGUGAAAGCCCCAGACAUGCGCAAAAACUCCAAGGGGUGCUCGAUCCAGUGAAGGCACGUAGAAACAAACUCACUGCCAGUUAACACGAAGGGGAUGGCGUGAGGGUACACAGCCUAGAAAACUACUUUUGACACUAGUUAUUGCUCAAUCGAGAAUGAGCAAAAUAACCAAAUCGGCAGACAAUCGAUCG